GGCUGGGAAUUCCCGGAAUCAACAGGUUGGGAAUUCCCGGAAUCAACAGGCUGGGAAUUCCCGAAAUCAACAGGUUGGGAAUUCCCGAAAUCAACAGGUUGGGAAUUCCCUGAAUCAACAGGUUGGAAAUUUCCGGAAUCAACAGGUUGGAAAUUUCCGGAAUCAACAGGUUGGGAAUUCCCGGAAUCAACAGGUUGGAAAUUUCCGGAAUCAACAGGUUGGGAAUUCCCGGAAUCAACAGGUUGG